GGCCGGCCCCGUCCGCGCUCCGCCCUCCUGCGGCCCCGGCGGCCCGGCCCCCGUCCCUCGCGGGCCCCGACUCCUUGUCCCAGCAGCCCCCGGAGCCCGGAGCCCGGCUCGGGCCGCACCGCCCGCGGCCGGGGAGCGCGGCUGAGCCAUCUCCAACUGGACAUCCAGGGCACCUCUCCUGUUCUUUCUGAGUCUUCACUUGGAAGUUAACAAGGCUCUACGGCCUGACAGGGAAAUCAAAGGUGCCUUCGGCCUGUUGAGAUCCAGCCCCAGUCAGAUGAAGCCUUCCCUUAUAUUUCGUGCAGCAGAGAGUACUUUAAGAGAGGAAGGAUUCCCUGUGACUUCUGCCUGCAAUCCGUAAAAUACUCAGUCCUCUUUCAAAUAUAAGAAGUUCUGAUAUGAAAGCCUUGGGCUCCUCUUGGCUGGAGGGAACUCAGCAUCUCCCAUCCCCAGCCCCCAGCUCGUAGAAUUGCACCUCCACACAGUCAGUUCAUUGUCAACGGAGGCAUUGCUUUUCUACAAAGACCAGCAGAAAAGGUACGGCCGUCAUCUGUGGAAGGCCUGCUCUGGGACGCCACUGCUGGAAGCGUCACAUGCCUGCAGAGAAGGAGGAGACGCAAAUGGGGACUUGCUGCUUCCCAGCACUGUUCCGUGUUGCUCCUGUGACAGCUCAGCAUCUGUACUAGGAGCUCUGCCUGCAGUCGAACACAAAGACCUGGCGGAGACUCCCACAUCCUUCGGGGAGGAGAAAGGAGGCGGCGAAGCAGCUGAAAGGAACUUGGGGGCUUGGGGCCUUUCCGCACCGGGCGGCCGGCGAGGCGGCGAGGAAACGAAAGCCACGGGGCGGUGAACGAGCCGGGAGAUGAGGCGCUGCCGCCGCUGCUGCUGCCGCCGCCGCCGCCGCUGACACUCGGUUCCGGACCGUCCGCUGCCCUUUGUGCCGCCCGCACAUGUGUCUGCCCGGCGCAUCCGGAGGCGCGCAGACGAGCAUCCACCACGGCCGCCGGGGAGAGAGCGCCCGCCAUGCCCACGGAGAGCCUACAGACAGGUAGCAUGGUGAAGCCGGUCAGCCCCGCCGGCACCUUCACGUCGGCCGUGCCCCUGCGCAUCCUCAACAAGGGGCCCGACUACUUUCGCCGGCAGGCGGAGCCCAACCCCAAGCGACUCAGCGCCGUGGAGCGGCUGGAGGCCGACAAGGCCAAGUACGUCAAGAGCCAGGAGGUCAUCAACGCCAAGCAGGAGCCCGUGAAGCCGGCCGUGCUGGCCAAGCCCCCCGUGUGCCCGGGCGCCAAGCGCGCGCUCGGCAGCCCCACGCUCAAGGGCUUCGGCGGCGGCGCCAAGAGCGAGGGCGGCGCGCCGCGCGAGACCCUGAAGCUCGAGAUCCUCAAGAACAUCCUCAACAGCUCGGAGGGCUCGAGCGCGGGCUCGGGCCACAAGCACGGCGCGCGGAACUGGCCGGCGCCGCGCGCCGACGCGGCCGAGCUGCACCGGCACUCGUUCGCCGAGUCGCUGCGCGUGCGCCCCACGCCCGGCCGCGGCAGCCCGCAGGAGGGCGGCUCGCACGUGGGCCGGCGGCCGCUCGAGCCCGCCCCCGACUCCUUCCUGCACGUGUCGCACAGCUCCUCGGACAUCCGCAAGGUGACGGGCGCCAAGCCCCUGAAGGCCAUCCCCUGCAGCAGCUCCGCCCCGCCGCUGCCCCCCAAGCCCAAGGUCGUCGCCCCGGCCGCGGUCAGGUCCCCCGAGGCCGAGGCGGCCGAGCCGGCCUGCGGGGUGGGCCGGAGACCCUCGCUCCAGCGGUCCAAGUCGGACCUGAGCGACAGGUACUUCCGGGUGGACGCCGACGUGGAGCGCUUCUUCAACUACUGCGGACUGGACCCCGAGGAGCUGGAAACCCUGGGCAUGGAGAACUUCGCCCGCGCCAACUCCGACAUCAUCUCCCUCAACUUCCGCAGCGCCAGCAUGAUCAGCUCGGACUGUGAACAGUCUCAGGACAGUAACAGUGACCUUAGAAACGAUGACAGUGCCAAUGACCGGGUGCCCUAUGGCAUCUCCGCGAUCGAGAGAAACGCUCGCAUCAUCAAGUGGUUGUAUAGCAUCAAACAAGCCAGAGAGUCGCAGAAGGUGUCCCACGUGUAAGAGGAAGCGCGCGCAGCGGAGGGAGGUGGGGUCUCUGUCCGUGCCUCGGCAGUUAUGGAGGUUGUGAGGUCUCCUUGCGGUGUUGUGAGCUUCUCCACUCUCUUUGUGUUGCUUGUUGUGCAAUGUCUUUCAAGUUGCAUGCCCGCCAACGUGGGGACUGACCUGGCGUCCUCGGCCACCAUCGCUGCAGAGCCUGGCCGAUCGCUCGCCAUCCGCCAAAAGUUCCAGGCCAGAUUCACACUAGGGCUUCGAUCUUCAGCAAAACUGUUUACAAGGAAAACGGUAUAUACAACGUCUUCAAUAUUUAUGUGGUUCCUGUGUUUUUAUAUCCCACGCUAUGGUGUCUUAAUUAAAAGUUUUAUCCACUGGCUUUUAAGUUGGGAGUAGCAUCUUUUUGAAAUUAAAAAAAAAAAAAAACAAAAAGCCAAUCUGCCUACACUGGAGACCGAAACAGUGGGAAAAUAAAUGGGGUCUGCUUACCAGACAGAUAGUGACUGACCCGAGAGAGAACCGGGCUGGGCUUUCUGAGGAAGAAAGUGGGGACCCCGCUGUUAAUCAUGUAGGUAUUGACAUCCGCUCGCCACGUACUCAAGUAAGGGUUGGGGCGACGGUGCUACGUACGUUUUGUGUCCGAUUCGGUGUGUACAUGUUGGUGGUUCUGUGUAAUGCUGACCCCAAGGAAAGACAAUCAGAUACAAUGAAGGUGAUUAAAUCCGGAGGUUGGGUGUUAGCGGGGUUUGUUGAUACUGUUCCGAUUUAGGUUGAUUCAGAAAUUUCCACUGUUAAUCUUUUGACAGAAUGGCCACCCUAGAGCUGAUACUGAAUGUCUUUUUUUUUUUUUUUUUUUAAGUUGGCUUUUUGGUCAAGAACUAAUCCCAUGCGGAUUCUCUUACCUCCCUUUGUUGUCGUUGUUGAUAAAGGGAGAGGGGAGUGGGGCUUGGGCAGGUGGGAGCUUUCUGAAGACACGAACACAAACGGAGAUAGCAGCCAUAUCGGUAUAGAGCCUCCCAUUCACAAGUCAAUACCUUUGGUAGCUGAACCAGAUCUGAGCAGCGUGACUGUGCCCUCGCGCAUAUGUUAAUCUGUCAGGCUGUGGACCUUUGUUACGCUCUAGGUAACUAGAAACACAACUCUAGGUAGCUUUAACAGCCUGUGGUCCCUAGAGCUGCAUAUCAGCUUGUUCCUUUUCCCCCAUAACCUGUCCUCCAGGUGGUCUAGUUAGGUGUCCAUCAGCUGCUGUAGCAGAGAGGUCCACCUACAGUGCCCAGCUUCCUUGCUCUUGUAGACACGCUCUGGAGCUCCCAGCAGCAGUGCCUUAGGCUUCAUCAGCUAAUAGGACACUUUCUACGGUGUAAAUGCUGUAAGACUUUGUACAGACUUCAAUUGUUAUGAAAUCUUUAAGACGGAAAAAAGGAAAAGUUACUC